CUAGCCGAUCACUGAUGACGUCCAUGGUUGUGAAAGUCACAUAGAUCACCGGAUUGAGCUGGUCUUUUUUCAUGUUAAAGUUGGCCGUCGUUUUACACAAUCUUCUAUCGUUAACUAACUGUAAAAGAAAUAGUUUUUUGGACGACAGUACGACAAUCACGUGCUGAUACGUUUACCAGUUUGAGGUAUGAAACACUAGCACUAGGCACUAGCCGGCUAACUAGUGUUCACAGCAUGAUCGGAAACCCGGAAGGUUGAACUGUCAUCAGUUAAUUACAUCAUGUCAUAUUUAUUUGUAGUAGUUAAUUAGAUAUUGCGAAGACGAUAUCUUGGCCUUCCAGGACAAGAGCACACAUCUGGCUGUGCUACAUUUGUUUGGACAGGUUAGCCAGCCACUGCGUUUCUUCGUAAAUCAAUAGACUGAUUUGCUGUCAUCAUGUUAGGACACAUAGCGAGAAGACUUUGCCACCUCCAUCAGAUAUCAAAUGGACUGAGAAUAAGCAAUCUUUUCCAGCUGCUCUUUAAAGAGACCAGACGUCCUGUAUCGACGAUGUCGCUGUGGCCCUUCAGCGCAGCUAUGUCGCGGGACUUCAGUCAGCCCAACUCAUCGUGGAGUCCCGAGAUGCGCAGAGUGUACGACCACUAUAAUGCACUGUGUGAGGUAGAGACCGAAAAUGGAGAAAAAACGAGGGGGCCAUGGCGGAAGUUACCCAGCUACAACCGAUCCCUCAAAUAUGCUACAGGGGGCGCAUACCUCAGCAAGUUGAUCCAGGCAAAAGCUCGACUUUUCACAAGAAGUGUUAAAGAGCAGGGCGCAGCAUUCGAAUAUGUGGUAUUUGUCAAUAAGGAGGAGAAGAGCUGCGUCUGUGUGUUUCAGGCAGGACAUUUACUGGAAGGGGCACCUGGGCAUGUACAUGGCGGAGCCAUAGCCACCAUGAUUGACACAGUGACAGGUACUCUUGCCGGCUACCUGUCAGGACCUGUUAUGACUGCCAAUCUUAACAUCGACUACCGCAGUCCCAUGCCUCUGGGUAGUGUGGUUCUAUUCCACAGCAAUCUGGAUAGAAUAGAGGGGAGGAAAACCUUCGUCACUUGCAAAGUGACCAGCACUGAUGAGUCCAAACUCCACACAGAGGCCACAGCUCUAUUUGUGUCAAUAAAUGUGGGCCAUUUAUUUGGAGCACGAAGCUGAAAGUAGCCCAGAAUCCACCACAGGGCUGUGUGCAUAUGUGCAUAUCUUUAUACACGUGAGUGAGAUUGCAGGUGUGUGUCUGAGGUGGAUUGUGUGUGUGCGCGCACGUGCAAUGACCAACUGAUCUAGCUGAUAUUUUACCUCAGCUUUGUGAAUGAGGUAUUCAGAAAUGCACACAUGUAAGAGUUACACAGAAUCCUCCAUGUAUUCACAACUGGCUGCCUCAUUUUUUAUUAUAAAAUUGUAUUAAUCCUUUAUAUUUAUUUAGAGUGGAUUUACUUUUUUACUCUACUUAUUAUUAUUGAGUAAUAACAUAUUUGCAAAAUGAAAACCUCUGUGGUCUUUACACUUUUUGGCAGUGCCAUAUUGCUUAUGGUGUUCAAGAAAAUUUGAGCAUAUUGUGUUUUAAAUGGAAAUGUGUGAAUUUAAAUGACCUUAUUAUGCUUAUUAUUAUUGAGUAAUAACAUAUUUAUCUGCCAUCAUUCUUUAACAUUAAAGCCACAAAUCUUGAAUUGUGUGGUUGUUGUUUAUUUCCUGGAAAAGUUAUUUUAUGAGCUGCCUUUUCUUAGCUCUCAAAUUGCUUAAUUUAUUUAGUCCAGUCUGUAUGUCAAUCAGUCAACCAAUCAGUCAAUUAAUCAGUAAGCUGCACAUUUUUAAAUGCAUUUUCUAAAAAAAACCGAAAGUGUCAGUGCUGUCAUUUCAAACUGAAGCUAACUGAUCUCGUUUCAAGUUGGAAUGAUACCACAACAUGUCUCUGUCAGUUUAAAUCAGACCUGUCCAGCAUCAUGAGAUUCUGUUUUCAUCUGUCUUUACCAAAGAAUACAUGAAACAUUCAGUAAUCACCUCCUUUAUGCUAUGUCCAUUUCUCUGUAUACUGUGAACCUCGUUCUUCCUAGCAAGUAUGAAGGUGGAUGGUUGUCCACUGUAUUCAUAUUGUGUUCGUGCAUUAAAUCCAUUCCACAUUACUACAUUAUAUU